AUGCUUCGAGCAAGCAGCAGUCCAAGAGACAGCGCGUCCGAGGCCAUACCGCCUCAGGAUGGCUCCAAGGACCGCCAAGACGACCAGGCGGCGCUGCUGGCGGAAAUCAAGGCGCUAGGAGGAGAUGAGCAGGACCUGGAACUCAUCAACGAGGUGGACUCGGACGACGAGAACUACGCCCAGGAUUCAAAGCGCUCGGUUGAUAAGAACUUGAAGCAGGAGCUGGCAGCUCUGUCUAAGGAGCUCGGCUUUGCCGAAUUCGAACCCCAAGAAGCCAGUGAUGAGGGGGAAAUCCAGGACGAAGACGAAGACGAAGACGAAGACGAAGAGGACGAAGACGCUGACGACGCUGACGAGCCUCCGGCCGAGACUGACAAUGGGGGUGCCAAUCGCAAGCCGGGGGGCAUGAUUUUCGAGCCACUGGCAGAAUGGCAUGCUGCCAGCCUAGGCAAGCUGCCUGUCUCUUUGGAGCAGGAUACGGCCAAGUACAGGACCAGUGUCUUUGCUUCCUCGUCACACAAGUUUCUGUCUACCAUCAUGUCCUCCGGUACCCUCACCGACAAAGUUUCGGCCCUCACGUUGGCGGUCCAGGAGUCGCCAGUCCAUAACAUUCGCGCACUCGACGCCCUUCUGAACCUGGCCUCCAAGAAGAGUCGGGCUCAGGCGAUUGGUGCAAUUGGUGCCCUAGUCGAUUUGUUCGGACCGGGCACUCUCCUUCCGUCGGACAGGCGCCUGCGAGCCUUUCAGAGCCAGCCCGGACUGGGCACUUUGCAGCGGAAGUCGGUUAAAACAUGGUCUCCCGGCCAGCCGCUUCCUGGCAAGAUCACGGAAGCCCAUCUGGUUGCGUGGAUAUACGAGGACUGGCUGAAGGAGACCUACUUCAAGAUUAUUCAGUUGCUUGAAUCGUGGUGUUCAGAUGAGAUCGAGUACUCGCGCAUGAAGGCGGUGGAUUUUGUUUACGGCCUUCUCAAGGAAAAGCCCGAGCAGGAGUCCAACCUACUCAAGCUUCUUGUCAACAAGCUGGGCGACAGGGAUCGCAAAAUAUCGUCUCGCGCUUCCUAUCUUCUAUUGCAGCUGCAAGUCUCUCACCCUGGGAUGAAGCCCAUUGUCAUCCGCAUGGUGGAACAGGAUAUUCUCCUGCGCCCUUCUCAGGACGCGCGAUCCAGCAAGGAGCCCUCUGUUGCCGAGGAGCUCAUCCGCAUCUACUUCGACCUGUUUGUGACGUUGCUGAAAACUGGAGGCAUCGAGACCCCGGCGCAGAUGAAGCCGGGCGACUCUGAAGACGCAAAGCGGGCACCAGGGAAACCGAACCGGAAGUUCAGGGGGAAACCGGUAGAAAAGAAACAUAGCAAGCCGGGGACACCGAAGCCGCCCGUGCCGGACACUGAGGCUGCGGACAAGCUUGUGUCGGCCAUCUUGACUGGCGUCAACCGUGCUGCGCCCUUUGUGACGACUAAUGACGCUUUCAUGGAACACCAUCUCGACACGCUUUUCAAGAUUGCGCACUCGACCAACUUGAACACGGCCAUCCAGGCUCUGCUCUUGAUCCAGCAUCUCGCAUCGGCGAGGAACCUGGCGACGGACCGCUUCUACCGGACGCUCUACGAGUCGCUGUUGGACCCUCGGCUAGUGACGUCUUCCAAGCAAGCGCUUUAUCUCAACCUGCUUCUCCGAUCCCUGAAGAGCGAUGUCGACGCCUACAUCAGCCUCCGUUCAUCUGCGGCCUCCUACGUCAUUUCCAGUCUUCGGCAAACGUUCCCUGACCUGUCGACUCUCGUGGACGAGCCGGAGACUUCCGUGUUUGACGACGACGAGUCCAAGGAACAGGGCAUGUACGAUGGGCGGAAGCGCAACCCUGAACACAGCAACGCCCAGAGAAGCUGCUUGUGGGAAAUGGUCCCUGCUCAAAUGCACUUUCACCCAUCUGUCAAAGUCUCUGCGGCUGUGUUACUGGACAAGGAUCGAAAGAUGCCAAAACCAGAUCUGGAGAGUCAUUCACUCAUCCGCUUCUUGGACAAGUUUGUGUAUAAGAAUCCAAAGUCGACACACGGUGCACGUGGGGUAUCCAUCAUGCAACCGCUGCGGGCGACCAAGGAUCUGGGCGACGUGUGGCUGGGCAGCAGGUGCAGGCGCCACGACGGCGCCCUCAAUUCGGCGACUUUCUGGAAGAAGAAGGUCGAGGACGUUGCUGCCGAAGACAUCUUCUUCCACGAAUACUUCCAGCACGUUUCGAGGGAUACCAAGGAGCCGCUUGCCAAGGCGCCGGCCGACGGGGAUGAUGAGAAUGCCGAAGAUGAGAUCUGGGAGGCGCUGGUGUCGACUCAGCCCGACAUUGAGGCAGACGGCGACCUGGAGGAUGAGGACGAGGACGGGGAGGAUGACGGGGACGAGGGUAGCUCGGACGGCCUGGUGGCGGUUGGCGAAGACGAUGAGGAGGAAGCAAAGGACGAAGACACGGCCAAGACUAAGAGGAAAGGCGCCGUGUCCAUGGCAAGCCCGGAUUCCCUCGCUCAGUUCAGCUGGGCGACAGCAGUGUCGAGGAUACUCGGCUCCAAGGCGACGGCGGCUGCUACUGCGUCUACAGGCAACGCAGCGGGUGGCGGCGGGGCGCUCCGCAAGGGCCUCUGGCUGGCCGUCCUGGGCCUCGGCUUCAGCACCCUCGGGGCGGCGGCGGCGUGGAAGACGCUGACGGCCCGCGGCCUGGGCUUCUACUCGGACGAGGAGAGCCUCGGCAGGUUCUCGGCCGCCGACGCCGACGAGGAAGCGCGCCGCGCCGAAGAGACAAUCAACGGCCACCCGCUGGUGGCGGAGCUGCGCCGGCGGCCCGAGCUGACCGAGUCCCGCCCACACAUGAAGAUGCCGGCGCAGUACCGUGCGCACAGCCUGACGGGGGCCGCGCUCCUGGGCCCUGGCAAGGUGCCGGUGCCGGCGACGACGUGGACCGAGGCCGGCGGCAAGUCGCUCGUGUCCGUCGUCUACGUGGGUGAGGACCUGUGCGGCCACCCGGGCCUUGUGCAUGGCGGCUUCCUCGCCACCAUGCUCGACGAGGGCCUGGCCUGGUGCUGCUUCGGCGCACUGCCGCACAAUAUUGGCGUCACGGCCAACCUCAACGUCAGCUACCGCAAGCCGACGCCCGCGGGGAGCUUCCUCGUGCUGCGGGCCAAGACGACAAAGGUCGAGGGGCGCAAAGCCUGGGUCAAGGGCCACAUUGAGCUUCUGGCCAAACCGGGCGAGCAGCCGACCGUCCUGGUCGAGGCCGAUGCUUUAUAUGUCUCGCCCAAGCUUGCCUCUGUGAGUUUCGCGACCUACCCCGUCGAGGGACUGCGACGACUUGCCUGGCUGACUCGUCCUGCCUCGAUACUGUAG